AUGCACAAACACGAGCACGACGCCAUACGGCAUGGACGGGGACCGCUAAGCACCUCCACCUCCGUCCGUGGCCGCGGCGGUGGCGGCGCCUUCGACCCAGCGAAGACCGGCGCGGAUCGCUGCGCGAGCGGCGGCCUUUUCGCCCAGGCUGCGGCCCCAGCUGAGACGCAGCGCGCCGCCGCCGGAGAGCUGGUAGCCUUGCAUCUCCGCAAUCGCCCGCGCGGCAUCGCGCUUGUGCGCAAACUGGACGAAGCCACAGUCCUGGCCCCGCGGGAUGUUGAUCGAGUGGAUCGGGCCGAAUGGCGAAAACAGCGCAUGCAGCAUCGUCUCUGUCGCCAGCGUGAACAAGCUGCCGACAAACACCGUCGUGUUCGUGGGGUCGAGGGCGCUGGAUGCGUGCGCUACAGUGAGAGCGGAUGCGAGGUGCGGCUGGUCCUGCGCCGGGACGUCGCCCUGGCUCUCGGACACGAACGUCAGGGUCGUCGGCACGCACUCGACCGGGGCGUGCGUGGAUGCCGGCGGCGUGUGCGAACGGCCCGGCGCGGCUGGCACGUCCGUGCGCGCGGGACGCGCCGCCUUCGACGCGGCUCGACGCGGCGUGUGGCGCACGACCGCCGCGGCCGUCACGACGGGACGGGCCGGCGCCUUGUCAUGCGGGCGGCCAUGCGCCUUUGUGCACUCGGUGUCGGCGCGCGGCGGCGCGGUCGCUGCGCCGAGCGACAGGCGCAGCGGCGUGUGCGGCGCCUGAUGAGGCACCAUGUGCGUGUGCUGCAUCUCAAUCAACGCACGGUCGCAUUCGUGCUUGCUCGUGAGCCGCACGAAGCCAAACACGCGCCGGCCUCCCUGCGCGGCCGACGACGACUCGCGCACGACGCGUGCCGAGUGCACACGGAACGGCGCGGGACUCGUGGGCCAUGCGCACAGCGAGCCAGCGACGUUCUCGAUGCGCACGUACAUGCGCCGCAUGGGAUGGUCCUGUGGCCAGCAGGGCGGGUGCGCAAAGUGCCAGACAAGGUCCUCGUCCGUGACGUGCUCGUCCAGGCCGCCCACAAACACGCUGUAGAGCGUAGGCGGCGCACUGCCCGUCGGAAGGGGCCAGCGCGGGCGUGGCACGGGCGUGUCCGUCCGCCUGGGCGCCGCAUGAGCGGACGCCGCGGCCCACGACGGCGUGUCCCUCUCAUCCUGGUGAGCGUGCGUCGUCGUGGUCGUCGACGUGCGUGGCGAGUGGAACGGCGACGCGAGCUGCGCCGCGACGCGCGGAAGGCCAUCAUGUCCCGCAUCGCCAUCCGUGCUGAGCGGCGCCGGAGGGAUCUUCAUGUGCGACAUGAUAUCGGCGAGCCACGACGUGUCAAAGAGCUCGCUCGACGGCGCGAGUGGCGGCGCAUGCGGCCAUGCAUCGCGCUCACGUCGUUCGGCAUCGUGCCCACGAUAGCUCUGCUCGUCAUCGUUGCACAGCCAUGCAUCGCUCAGCGGCGAAAACAGGCGGGCGGCUGUCGAGCUGAGACAAGGUGGCUGUGUGCUCAUGAGGACAAUAGUGCGGAGAGUGCGUGUCACGCUAGAGCGGAUACGUGCGUGCGUGGACCGAGCACGGGGAGCCUGCCCCUCUAUAUACGUUUGGCACGAUGCGCGUCUCGCUCGUGCGUCCGCCGCUGGCAUGUGCCACAGCUGCGUGUGUCACAUCCAACUCGCGUGCCCACAUGCCAUGUCUUGUCGUUGGUGCGUAUGUCGAUCCCGACGCACUCACGCCCCGUGCCGCACGCCACUCGACUGCAUGCUGGCCUACGGUCAGAUAACCUAGUCGCCCCACCCACGCUCCUCGCCCAUGACGCGGCUCGCACGCUCGCUGGGCCUGCCAUGAUCGGCACGUGA